AUGGACCGCCUCACCAGUCAGCUGAAGUUGCAGAGCACCAUUUUAGACGGUUUACUGAAAGUUAUGCUACGAAGCAUUGGGCGUGAGGUUCAGGCACAUUCGUCUGAAUUAUAUCAAGUUCUGGACCAGUCCGAGAUUGAGCAGGCCCUGGCGGAUCAAUUUGGGGACCACUACGACUCGCUGAAAUCUGCCAUCGAAAUUUGCGAGCAAGACUUCGAGCGACUGAUUGAGAAACUGCGCAGUAUUAGUCCCAAGCUUGAGGACACCAGCAAUGUUGAUUUUAUGAAUGCCAUCAGAGCUGGUGAAAUGAAGGACCUAAAACUAGUCCAGCGAGUCCAUGCCGCGUGCAAGAUGAAGGGUUUCGAGAAACAACUUAGCAGGAUCCAAUCAUCCACCAAUACCCUACUUCAGCUCCAGCUGAGUAUCGACAGAGGAAAACCUCGAAUGGCAGAAGAGCACCCUUCUCUCUGGGCUCAACGCCUUGCAAGAACGUUCCGCGACAUACAGGACAGUGCAAAGAAACUCUACAAAGCGGUUUCCACAGGUUGGGUCUCGGACUGUCACCAAAGCCACGAGGUGAAGCUGCUGCUGGAAGGCCGGAUGCCGCCGCGAAUACCAGUCAGAUCUCAACAACCAGAUCGUCUCGUCUUUCGGGUAAUAUUUGCAACUGAACGCUAUUGGUACAAUUCAGAGGUUUUGGUUUUGGCUUACCCUCCUGACUAUGAUAAGCCUCGGGAGAUAAUCAAGGAGAUCUGUGGGGCAAUCCAAACAGCCUACUGCAACCGGAAACAUCUCAGCUGCGCGUUGACUACUGAUGGCAAGAUGGUAACGAGGACCAUUGCCACCCCGGACCUGGAACAACUGGAAGGUGCCACAAUACCGACAGAAGUUACACUUAGAGCCUUGCUCCAGACUACGCUAUCGCCCAAGACGAAGGUUCUUCUGGCCCUCAAUGUUGCCUCUAGCUUCCUACAACUGUUACAGACUCCCUGGAGUGCUCCCAGGCUAUGUUCUGAUACGAUCAAAUUCCUACAAAGCUCAGAGCAGGGAACGGACAUGAAUCAAGCUUGGGUGUCUUGUUCAUUCAGACCUUCACAAACAUCAAAUGAUCUAGGAGAGAAGCCUAUGAAAGAGGCCCUUUUCGAGUUGGGCAUUGUCCUCAUGGAGAUAUGGUAUGAAAAACCCUAUGACGAUGAAUUUCCUUCGAACCAAUCAUCCAACUCGAAAUUCGGAGAGCGACGCCAGAAUGCUAUAUCUUGGUUGUGCAAUCGUCCCAAUUUCCCAGGGGAUGGGUAUUAUAAAGCUGUUCACUAUUGCAUUUCUGGUACAGCCCCGACUGGGUCAGAUGGCAAGGUGCUCUGGGAAGACGUGUGCAAAUCGGUCAUUGACCCCAUUUGGUGCAUCUCCUCCGGUUCCUAG